AUGGCGACCUGGAUUUUUCUUGGACUUGCAGUCCUUGCUGGCUUCGUGGUCGGGCAAUAUGAUGGAUGGGACCUUGAAAAAGGCCAAGUCAGCGCUGAGAUGUGCUUUUGGUAUUCACCGAGAGCUGCUGUUAUUCGCGACACACUCUGGCUUGAUGGUGGAAGACUUUAUUGGACUCCCACCUACCGGGAUGGGACCGAGGGAGCCCCUGAAACGUUGGACAACCCCCUGGGCCUCAUGUACUCGCUAAACUUCAGCAAGCCCUUUGACAAAACAACAAAUAUUACCAACCUGAUCGUCACCAAGUCGAAAGCUGCAGGAGGGUCCGGGAACGUCAACAGCUUUGCGCCCAACACCAUCGACGGCGCGCUCCUUCACAACGACGCAGAAUUCUUCCUGUAUGGGGGCGUCCUCCCCAAGCGAACAGAUGCCUACGGCCCUCCGCCCGCCGACAAGGUAAUGGCAUGGCGUAUGCAUGCCUACGGCCCUGAAAAACCCUCUUUUCAGAAUGGCAGCAGCGACAUGGUCACUCUAGAAAACGAGGUAACGCGGUAUGUCGCCCACGGAGGAGCUGCCAGCGCCCCCUCGGAGAACAAGGCUUGGUACGUAGGUGGCAUGCGCUCGCCUCUCUGGGGUGAAAUAUACAUGAGCAACCCGAACCGCUCGUUGAACGCCGUCAACACUUCGAAUACCCUCAUCACUCUCGACAUGUCGGAACAGUUGUUCGAAAAGUUCUCGAACCAGUCGUUGCCGAGCCAAAUCAAGGCCAGGGCAAACCCCGAGGUCGUUUGGGUUCCUGUUGGAGCUGAAGGUAUCCUCGCCGUUCUUGGGGGCGUCACGUACCCCGAGUAUGUCAACUCCAGCCACAAGUCCGAUGAUUCUUUUAAGAGUCAGCAAGAGAGCCCUUCGUUCAUGGAGACCAUCGACAUCUACGACGUGGCCGGUGACAAGUGGUAUCAGCAGAAGACCGAGGGGACAAAACCUCCGGCCCUUGCCCGAGGCUGUGCCGUUCUCGCUCCGGCGCAAGAUUACUCGAGCUUCAACAUAUACUACUAUGGAGGAUAUGAUGGCAUCCACGCCCAGGAAGACUUUAGCGACGAUGUCUGGGUCCUUUCUAUACCUUCCUUCCAGUGGAUCAAGGUGUACGAGGGGAAAGCCCUUCAUGCGCGCGCCGGACACCAAUGCGUGAUGCCCUACCCCGACCAGAUGAUGGUCGUUGGCGGUUACACGGCGAUGCCCGGGAAGGGUUCGCCUCCCUGCCUCGAGGGAGGGAUCAUCCAAGUGUUCAACCUAUCAAGCGCAGAGUGGCUUGACGGGUACAGCCCAAGCAAAUGGUCAGACUACACCAUCCCCGCCGCUGUUGUCAGCAAGAUCGGAGGCGACGAAAAAGGGUCAGCAAUCAAGACAAAACCCGAGGGGCCCGGAUGGGCAGACCCAAGCCUGGUGUCCAUCUUUGCGAAGCCGUAUGAGACUUCGAAGAUCAAGACGUGGUACCCAUACACCGAGUCGAAGGAAACCGCCCGACCCAAUGCCCCAACUAGUGGAAACGAUGGAGGCAGCGGUGGCGGUGGCGGCGGCGAAACCCCCGAGUGGCUCGCCCCCGUUCUAGGCGUCGUCCUCGGUCUCGUCUUCAUCACCGCCAUCCUCGUCGGCUGGUGCCUCUGGCGCCGCCGGAGGGUCCUCAGACGCGGCAACGGGACCGCGACCCGGACGGACGACAACGGCUCUCGCAUCAUCUCCUGGAUCAGGGGUCAGCCAAGCGAGCCGGCUAAGGCGCCGACCGUCACGACCGAAGAGGCACCUUCUACCCGAGACAUGUCUGAAGUCCGCGCACCACCUCUGGUGCGGGCUGCAUCGCCCGUGCCAUAUCACUUUGCACACGAGGUAGCCGAUAAUCAAAUUGCCGAGCUUCCAGAUACUUCACCACGUCCAGAGCUUCACGGGGUCGGUCUGACACCCGUCGAAAUCAUCAACAAGCACACCCAUUUCGGCACUGGCACCGGCUCCGGCUCCAACCCCGCCACCACCCACCAGUCUUCUUACUACGCCUCCGUCUCUAGCAACGAGAACGCCUCCUCCCUCUCCCGUUCUCCCAGAGUCCUCGGCGACCAUACCCGCGCUCAGUCUCCCGACCCGGGCCCGCCAUCACCGCCACCGCCACCGUCACCGCCGGCGGUCACCACGGCCGCAGCCACCCACCCGCCCGCGGACCGCAUCGGGUCCGACGUCUCGGGGCCCAGCGACCACGACGCGCGGCAUCUGAGGCAUCUCAGCGAGGCGACAGUAAGCUCGGCGUCGUCGGGCGGCGGGCAAGGCGGGCUGGCGGUGUGGGACCAGCAGCGCGGGAUGUCGGGCACGAUGCCUGAGACGCCGACGCCCGGACACCCGAGCCCGCUGAGCCCGCCGACGAGGGCGUCGAAGGGGGACGAUUAUAUAAGUGCACGGGCGUUGCCUGUCAGCCCAGCUGGGACGGGGACGUUGAGGAGGAGCGUGUUCCACGAGAGCGAGGACGAUAUUGGACCGGGAAAGUAG